ACGAGUUGAGAGGUUAUGCCAUAUUGGAAGUUGAUAGUAGAAGGUCCCGGAUUAACACCAUUACCUCACUUAGCGUUACCAGUAUCAACGCUAUGGGCGGUUUUCUCGUCAGGCCCACCCACUUCUGACGUCAUCCCUCGCAGCCUCGUUCUCGUGCCACAUUGUAGCAAACGUGCAGACAUCAACAUGCCGAUCGGAAAGCUAGACAAGACAGCAGGAAAAGGAGCCGACUACAGCGCCGGAAGCGUCACCAUGGAGUCGCAAUGCAGCCAAACGGCCAGUCGACAAGACGUCAAGUCGCUCUCCAUCAGCAAGGGCAUUGCUACCUCGAAUAGCUACGGACCGGGAGCGGUAGGCGUGGAGACAGCAAUCGCACAGAAAGAGAUGCGCAGCGACAAGCAGUCGCUCUCAAUAGACAGGGGAGUCGGAGGCACGAGCCUCGUCGGGCCCGGAGCGAUGGGCGUCGAGAAGUGCAAAGAAGUGCAGCAGCUGGCGAGUGGAAAGAACUAGAGACGACGUCUAUUUCACUAUUUUUCGUUUCGUUUUUUAAAGAAAGAGCGCGAUGGGCGUGGACUCGCGCGUGUGUGUGUUUGUGUGUGUUUGUUUCUGUUUUGCUCGGUUUUCUCGAUUAGAUUUCGGUUUGCGAUGUA